AGGAAAGGUGCGCAAAAGAGACUUGAUAUCAGCGAUUGGUAUAUGGCAAAAAAUGGAGCAUCUGGGAGGUGUCAAGUCGGACGAAGUAGUCUUCAGCAUCCUAUUUGAUGUUGCCAUUAAAUCCAGUCAAUUCACCGUUGCGGAACGACUACUCGAAGAAAUGAAGAAGCGGGGUCUCGAAUUCAAGCGCUUUGGGAAAGUCUCCAAAAUUCAGUAUUACGGCAUGCAAGAAGACGCUGUUGGUGUCCAACGAUCAUUCGAUGAAUUCGUGUCAAGUGGUGAGAUUGUCGAUACGGUUGUAAUGAAUUGCGUUAUGACAGCCUUCAUUCGUGCGGGAGAGGUGGAAACAGCUAAACAGCUAUAUGCAAAAAUGAUGGAAGCCGAGGCAGCGUCGCAAGCAGCAACUGGGCCCAGUAUGGAUCCCAAACGCCGAAGGGAGUCCAAUCUGAGAUCAGAGAUGGGCCUAUACCGAAACGACGCUAAAAAGCUGGGUCGCGUUUUGCAGGGCUCUGCUGCCCUCAAAGGUACCCUGCCGGAUUACCAUCGCGCCCUGCAAGACUCAUUCCGGGCAGUCCCCGACACGCGGACAUUCCAUAUCUUUCUUUCAUUGCAUGCCAACACCACCGCUGAUAUAAAUGGCUUCAAGUCUAUUCUCGCGGAUAUGGAGAAAGCAUAUGUCGUACCUCCCCGUGGUAUGAUCUUUCUCUUGUACUUUAGUGGGUUCGCCCGCAACGGACGUUACAACAAGGGCUGGACAGCCGAGCAGUUGCAAGAGACGUGGAAAAGCUAUCUUCGUGCGCUCCAUGAGUCCAGCACAAGGCUCACCGAGCUGUAUCGGAAUCAACAGAAGUCUGGAUUGACGACCCCGUUCCUUGGUGGCACCUCUGCCUUCGAGGUAGCUUAUCCGUCUGUCACACGUGAGCCGAGUGACUUUAACACUACACUGCCUACGUCUGGCUCCGCUUCCAAGGGGAAGUCUCAUGAAGUCGGAAAUCCAAAAGCCAGGACGAUGACCCAAGCAGACGGCAAGCCGGGUGCGGACAAUGCCUUUCGCGACAUGGAAGGCGCGGAUGAGGAAAUCGAAGAGCAUGCCCAACAUCGACAACAUUCAUCGGAGGAGAUUGAAACCCGUAUCGAGAAUGGCGUGUUCCUGGGUCGGCGAAUGAUCGUCACCAUCCUCCGGGCAUUCGGAGCUUGCUGUGGGCCGGACGAGAUCAUGAAGGUCUGGCUGCAGAUGGAACGCAUCUGGCAGCCCAGGAAGCGCAAGGCGCUGGACGUCAUGAUUACCAGGGAGGAACUGGAAAAGCAGAUGAACCGAACACAGCGGCGUUCAUAACCGGGAGGGGGUCCUUGGAAGGCGAUGGCCGUUGACGCAUGUACAUUAUAUAGACCUGUUAUAUAUACCCUCAGGUGAUAGAUAGCCUGAUUGCGGUGUUUUCGGUGGCACUGGCUGGCGUUGCCUUGCCCCUUUUGUUAUCCUGUACAGUGAACAAGCAAUAUUCUCAUUUUUA